UCUAUUGCGUCUUUGCUGAAAGUAGUAAUAAUUCAGUGUCAUGUCCACUUUACCAAUUUUUGUAGACUAAAGAGCACGAAAAAUUCAUGACUUCCCUAUACAUGUAGGUCUCACUGAUGAGCUGAUUCAGAAGGGCAAAGACAUCAAGAGCAUCUCGAGAUUGAGGAGACUGGGGACCACUCAAGGUGACUGUACCAGGGAGACAAAGGUCCUCACCAAACUGCUUCACCAUUGGCCAGGAGGCAGAGCUCGAGACUCUGACCGGGGAGAAAGUCAAGGUGGGUGGCGCAUGUUGCAACCCAACCAUGAGAUUCUUACAUGUAGCCUAGAUCUAUCCAUCUCCCUACAAAUACAGCCAGUAUCUAACUAAACUGAGUUCAGCUGAUGUGCGAUGACGAUGAUAAGUUACUUCAGGUCCCAGUGAUGUUGGGUUAGUAGUUGCAGUAUAUCCACAUCCAACAGCAGUCAAGUUCCCUUCCCCUGACGUUCUUUGGCAGAGACUCUGCUCUCCAGAGUGACUGGGCUCACAAUUUUAACUUUAUCAGUUUACAUCGCAUAACCAACUAGCACACGUCCAAAUUAGGCCCUGUUAAAUUGGGCCUAGUUGAUCGUGGUUGGUGACCACUGCUUUCAGAUUUAACAUUUGACCUCUACUGUUUUCCAGUCUAUGGUGAUGAGAGAAGGUAACAAGCUGAAGGUCUCCCUGAAGGGGAUCGAAUCGGUCACAGAACUGGCAGAUCCAAACACCAUCGUCAACGUGAGUCUGGGGCAUAUGGCUGGGGGGGUUCACUAAACGACACUAUUUUAGGGUUCAUUUAUAUAGUAAUAAUUAAAUGUGUGUACUAGAUGCUCUUUCUAUUUUCAGACCAUGACUGUAGCUGGCAUCGCAUACAAGAGGAUCAGCAAACGAAUUUGAUCUACUGUGCUGUUUUGCUUAAUAAAAUGUGAAAGGCAUGGAA